AUGCAAUAUCUGUGUUUAAAUUUGGUUUUGCUGGGAAGAACAGGAGUUGGGAAAAGUUUGUCAGGAAACACAAUACUGGGACGACAAGCUUUCAUCUCAGGGAGCAGCUCCACUUUAGUGACUCACAAUGUUGCUGCUGAAAUUGGUGAUAUUUGUGGAUUACCAAUCACAGUUUAUGACACACCAGGAUUUUCUGAUAAAGUGCUGACUAAGGAAGACUCUUGGAAAUAUGAAGAAAUUCUUCAGAAAUGUGAAUCAGGUCUGUGUGCCUUUCUGCUGGUUCUCCGGUCAGACAGUUUCACUGAAGAAGAUCAGGAAGCUCUGGAGAAGAUUGAAGAGCUGCUGGGAGCAAAGCGCAUCGAAAAUACCUGGAUACUUUUCACCAGAGGAGAUAAAUUAGAAGAAAAUGUUAGCAUAAAUAAAGUCAUCAAAGAAACCGAAUACUUGAAGAACCUUGUUCAGAAAUAUGAGGGCAGAUACCAUGUGUUCAACAACAAGCAUAGAAGACCUGACGAUGAUGAUCAAGUGAAUUCUCUGAUAUCUAAAGUUUUCUACAGGAACCUAGAGAUUUUGCCAAAACGAAAAAGAAUUCCAGUCAACAUCCCCAACAUUCUUGCCAACCAUCGUUUAACCAGAAGAAUUGUGCUUCUGGGUAAAAGUGGUGUUGGGAAAAGUGCAGCUGCAAACACAAUACUGGGACAGACCGUGUUUGAAUCUGCAGUUGGCUCAAAUUCAGUAACCCAUGAAUGUUCAGUAAAACACAGUACUGUCGCAGGGAGGAAAGUGUCUGUAGUUGAUACUCCUGGAUUAUUUGACACAGAGAUGAGUUCUGAGCACUUAAUGAUAGAAAUAGUGAGAAGUGUUUAUAUAUCCAGUCCUGGACCUCAUGCCUUUCUCAUUGUGUUUCCUGUGAACCGAUUCACUGAGCAGGAGGAGGAGAUUCCUCGGAUCAUUGAGAUGUUGUUUGGUCAGGAGGUGUUACAAUAUUCCAUCAUUCUCUUCACUCAUGGAGAUCAGCUAGAAGGAAGGUCCAUAAAAGAAAUCAUUGAGGAGAGUAAAGCAUUAAGAGAUCUAGUUGAUCAGUGUGGAGGCAGAUAUCAGGUGUUCAACAACAGAGAUGAGAAUAACAGAGAGCAGGUGAAUGAUCUACUGCAGAAGAUUGACACAAUGAUAGAGCAGAAUGGAGGAGGAUAUUACAGUAAUGAGAUGUAUGAAGAUGCUCUGAGAUUCAGACGAGAGGAAGAGAUUGAGAGAGUAAGAAAGGAGGCAGAGGAGAGAGUCAGAGCAGAGAUACAGCAUGAGAAUAAUCUGAGACGACAACAAGAGGAGAUUCAAAGACGAGAAGAGAUUGAAAGAGUCAGAAAGGAGACAGAGGAGAGAAUCAGAGCAGAGACAAAAGCUCAAAUGAUGUCUAAAAUAGAAAGACUUGAAGCAGAGAGACAGAAAGAGGAAGAGUGGAGAAAACAACAAGAGCAGAACCACAGACAAGAAGAGAUUGAGAGAAUAAUAAGACAGACAGAGGAGAGAACCAGAGCAGAGAUACAACAUGAGAAUAACCCGAGACAACGACAAGAGGAGAACCACAAUAUGUCUGAAGAAAGAUGUGGAUUUAAGAAGUUUUUUUCAAAAUAUUGGAAAUUUUUUUUAAUGGGCAUUGCAGCUGGUGCUAUAAUUGAUGGUGGAGUUGCUAAGGGAGUUAGUCAUGGAAUUGUUGGUGGAGUAGUAGCCUUAAUUGUUGAUAAAAGGCAUCAGCAUCACUAA